GGACUCCCGUUAACUCUCCUAUUUCUCUCUCCUAAAAUUCAAAAAUUAACCUCAGAUCUCAUUCCCCAUUACAUAACGUCCCUUUUCUCUUCUCCUCCCCAAAAUCCCACCUUCAACUUCAACCUUCACACUCAACAAUGGCGACUCUAAACCCAGGAAUCCUCCUCAAACUCCUACAGUCCAUGAACACGAAUACCAAACCCACCGGCGAACACCGCUCUGCUCUACUCCAAGUCAUCGGAAUCCUCCCCACUUUAUCCUCUACUUCUCCCUCAUCGACCGCCACUACCACUAACAACCUUGACCUUUGGCCUAGCCAUGGCUUCCUUCUUCAACUCUCCGACUCCAAAAACUCCACCUACAUUUCUCUCUCUGACCGUGAUACUGAUCUCAUUCUCUCUAACCGUAUUCAACUCGGUCAAUUUGUUUACCUUGAACGCUUUGUGUUUGACCCUUCUUCUCCUAUUCCUUUCGCCACCGGAAUCCGACCUGUUUCAGGGAGACACCCUUUUAUCGGGUCGCCGGAGCCUCUAACUAUUCGGGUUUCGAAGGAGAAGCGGGAUUUUGUUAUUCAGCCUGUUACGGAUUCCAAUGAUUCAAUAGACCCAAUUUUAUCAAUUCUGCAGAAGAAGAAGAAUAAGGAAAGAGAGGAGAAUAAUAAUAAGGAAAAUGUAGGGGUGACCCCACAGAGGUUUACUUCUCCGGCGCCGGCAAAGAGAGCGGUAUCUGUUGGGAGGAGGGAGAAAGAAAAGGGAAGAGAGAGAGACCCAUCUCCGGUUACUAAAGUUAAGAGGUCUGCAUCACCGGUGCCGUCAAAGUGCGUGGUGCCGAGCUUGGCGGAGGCCAAGGCGACCGAGGAGGGGAAGAGGGUUGGAAGGGAAGCGGCAAUUGUUGUGCCUUCAAGGUAUCGACAGCCAUCACCAACAGCGGCAAGGAGGGCGGCGUCACCAGCAUCGAGGAGAAUGUCGUUAUCGCCUGCGAGGAGGUUGUCUGGUGGUGGAGGAAGCUCAGGGAAUAGAAAGAAGUUUAGUGGUGGUGGUAUUGUUAGUGGGAUUGGGAGUUUGAAGGUUUCUGAGGGUAGUUUGGGGAAAAGUGGGAAUAGUGGAGGGAGGAAGAUUUGGGAUGAAGGAGAGGUUAAAGAGAAGAGUAGUGUGAUGAAGAAUAAGCCUGAUUUGCAAGCUAUCAUUAGAACUCAGGCUGCUUUGUCUCGCCGUCUAAGUGAUGUAAAUAGUCAUGAAUCAAAGGAUGAUUCUUCUACUGAUGGCAAGUCAAAAACUAGCUCCCCUGAUGAUUUUGUAGCGCCUGACAAGCCGUUUGCUUUGGCUGCUGGAAUCACGAUUCACGAAAAGAAGUGGACUGAUGGUAGCGUGCCACUAGAUGCUGUAUCAGGAAGCCUCGCAAAACUUGGGAAGGAGGCUAUCCAAAGGAGGGCCAUUGCUGCUACUGCAGCAGCUGAAGCUUUGCAAGAGGCUUUGGCUACCGAGUCUAUUGUAAGGAGUUUGAGCAUGUUUUCAGAUCUUUGCACUUCAUCAAAAACUGGAAACCCUUUACCUACAAUAGACAGAUUCUUAUCCAUGUAUGACAACGCCUCCCGUGCAGCUGCCAUUGUAGAGUCAGUUUCAUCUAGCCAUUGUUCUGAGACAAAUGAUGCUGUUGUUCCUACAGAGCAAUCCAAGUCUGCCUCUGCUUGGGUUGAAGCUGCUCUUUCCACUGAUCUCGCCAUUGUUUCCCUUCUCACUGGCCAAAACACCGAGUCUGUACCACCACCUUCCUUACCAAAGAGUUCUUCAAAACGCCAGUCUAUAGGAAGCACAACCAAAAACCACUCAAAGACUUUUUCAACUUUGGCAGGAUCACCAAAAAGGACAUGGACAAGAGGCCAUGGCAUUAGGGAGACCAAAGAACUAGCAACUACUCUAAAGUAUGAGAUGGAAAUGUGGUUCUUUAAGUUUGUGGAAGAAUCAUUAGAUGCAGGGUUUCGUGUUUUCAGCGAGUCUGGCAACAAUGGUGGCCGGAAAUUGCCUACUGAAUGUGGAUCAAUUGCUGCAAUUUUAUCACAGUUGAAACGGAUAAAUGAUUGGUUGGACCUUGUUGUCAAGAAAAGGGAUGACGAGUUAACUGAUAAGACUGAACGACUAAAGAGGAAGAUCUAUGGUUUUGUAAUUCAGCAUGUUGGUACAACUUUUGACAAUAAUUCCUCCCCAAUUUCUGCAUCCUAAAAGGUCCUGCGCCCUGGCGGUAUGAGUAAACAACAAGGUGUUCUUAUCAGCAAUUAGUUAUGCUUGUCAGCUUGUGUCAUUGUUUGAUGUCUUAAGCUUGUUAGAAUUCUCACCAUUAAUCUGUAAUUUGCUUCCUUUGCAAAUAAAUUAUUCAUAUAUUUUGAUUUUAGAAA